CUCUCACUCAUAUAAACCAGAUGAGGUAACUGAGUUUUGGUCGACGAUCGACGACGCAGAGUGAUUGUCAAGGCAGGAAGACAUGGGAGGCGUAGGCGAGCUGGUUGGUGGUGCCGCUCUGGGAACCGUGUUUUCAGAGUUAUGGAAUACAGUGAAGGAUGCCAAGAACCGUCUCAAAGACUUCAAAAACAAAUUGCAGGACCUGGAUGAAACUCUCCAAGAUCUCGAUCCAAUGGUCAAAGAUAUACAAAACUUCAACGCCCAGCUGAAGCGAUCCGAUCAGCGUGAUGUAGAUCACUUAAAGUCAGUGAUGGAAAAGGGUUCGAAUCUUGUUUCCAAGUGCCUUCUCUUUCGACGACGAGACUUCAUCAAGAAGAUAUAUUACCACAAGAAGCUUGUGGAGCUCGACAACGACAUCAUCAUCUUCAACAAUAAACACAAUCUGUUGAACACUUUUCGGGAGGUCAAGCUUCUACACUUGAAAGUCGACAAACUCUCCGAUCAGAUUCAAAGCCAAAGACCUUCCACUAGUAAAUCCUCCGGUCGUGGUGGUGGUGGUGGUAGCUCCUCCACCUUAUGCCGGAGUUCCAAGAUCUUACAAUAUACCUUUUCUCGUCCUCGCUGUCGUUUACCUUUAUGUUGUCUUUGAUGCUGCCGGGACUGGAAUAGCGUUGGUCAUUUUCUUCUUCGCUUUGCUCAUCUACAAACUCGUCUUGUUGGUGCUUGAAACUGACACUGGAAUCGCCAUGAUCAUAAACGACGCUGGUCAGCUGAAAACGACGAUAAAAAAACUAAGAUCUACCCUGAAAUCACUGGCUCCGGUGCUGGAGGAGAUUGAUCAUGAAAGUCAAAAUGGUGAAAAGACUGAGAAGACUUAUGGAAGAGGGUGAGAAGCUGGUUCGAAAUGGCUUAAAGAUAGGAUCUUGGAACGUUGUUGAGAAGUGGGAGUACCAGAAAAAGAUAGUGGAGCUCGAAAAUAAGCUCUUAAGGUUCCAUAGCCGUCAUCUGCAAGCUCGCUUGGAAACGAUGAUUGACGCGGCAAGUGAUGGCUUAGAGAUGAAUGAGAAUGAAUAUUCUUUUUAUAAGCCCGCACGUUAUUUUGAUGAGGAUCCUCAUAUGAAGGAAGGGAGGCAUACGGAAAGAAAAGCAUAUGAAUCAGAACCACACAACAUGCUCAACGAUUUAGAAUCCUAUCAGCUUCUGGACUACAGUAGCCCCGUUUCAAGUUCCAUUGUGGGAUUUCAACAACAAGCAUUGGGAAACUAAAACAUAGGAAGCUACAACGUAACUUUCAUGUUUUAUUCUUUCUUUCUUUUUUUUUUUUCUAGUCUGAAGUCGUCAAAAUUGGGCUCAAAUUGUAUGCACUCCUUGCACGGGGACCUGCCGGAGCAAGACCAUGUAUGGCUAUACUUUUCUUCAAGGAUUAGGUUGAACAAUCCUUUGGGUCAAUAAAUAUGUGUCUGUGAC